AUGUCCGUGACGUCACCACAGAGGAGGAGCACGUGCAUUUGCGUCAGUGAUUCUGGGAACUCGUCAGCAGUUUAUCUCCUUUGUGUUUCCCUCGAAGAGUUUCAGAAAUGGCGAGCAGGGGACCUGGGAAUAGCACUCCGUGGCAACCGUCUGCCCCAGUUUUGAGCACCUCGGAGGCUUUUCAGACGGCCGCCCCCGAGGAGGAAUUCCGGAGUCGAACCCCCCCACCAUCCUACGACGAUGCGAUGAGACACCCCGUGAUCGGGCAGGGCCAGCCGCCCAUGAUGCAGGGUCAGCUGCCUCCAGCGCCUCAAUAUAAUCCAAAUUGGGUUAAGAAUGCAGGACCGGUCAAUUACAUGGGUUAUCAGAACGGACCUCAGCAAGGACCAUAUCAGGCUCCUCAGCAAGUGCCAUAUCAAGGACCUCAGCAAGGGCCAUAUCAAGGAGUUCAGCAAGGACCAUAUCAAGGGCCUCAGAAAGGACCAUAUCAAGGACCUCAGCCUUACAUGGGAGUGCCAGCACCCAUGCAAGCAACUGUUGUUCAUGGAGCCUUUAAUGCUGGUGCUCGUUUUGAUGGGAUUGCCAGGCCCAGCAUCCCUCCACCACCUCCAGGAGUGGUUCCAAAUGAGGCUCAACUUGCUGCCAUGAAGGGCCAACAUGUUGUGCUUGCAUCCAAGAAGAAAAAUGAUUUCUGGGGAGGAGGAGCUGGGGGCGGGAGCGUCUUCUGGUGAUCGUGCAAAUUCGAGUUGGCUUCAUGGAUUUUCAGAGUCACUUUGUACUUUUUUUUAUGGACUUAAUUAACCAAAAUAUGAUGACAACAUCCUCUCAGUCCACCAGGAAGUACAUGAACCGAAUUCAAAUGCAGAAUAAGUGGAUCUGAAAACCUGAGAAGUCAAUCCAAAAAGUUACUCCACUGGUACCUAUCAAAUCACAAGUAUCACCUGUGAUUUUGUUAUUCUUCAAGCACCUUCUUCGGUCUUUCUCUCUCCCCCACCCCUUUUUUUGUUGAGUGUGCAUCUGUUAGAGUGCCAUAAACCAAAUCAUUCUAACAGUGAUAUGUUAAUGAUUCCUGCCAGCCAAGGCAUUCCAGGUUAUUAUUGCUUGUCUGGGAUUGUAUUUUUUAGGAAUAAAGACAAAAUAUCCCAUUUCA